GCCGUGAGCGCGUCAUCGCGUUGGAGGCAGAGCGUGAUAUGCUGCGGCGGUAAGGUUCUGUACUGUUUUCCGCUUGGGCCGUGGCUGAUAUGCUCUGCAGGCAGAACGAGGAGAUAUCCCAUCAGUUGAGUGGGUUGCCGCCACCUCCUCCACCCUUGGUCUCCUCGAUGACUUCCUCACCGCACGGCGGUGUUACGACGAAUAUCCCUCCCCCUCCGCCUUCCUCACUUCCGACCGCAAUCCCGAAUAUAGGAUUGCGAGUAACCCCUUCGGCCAAUCUCCCUGUCCCCAUCGCAGGAACUGGCCCUCCUGGUCAACAACGCCACAGUCACAGCCAGUCACCAUAUGUCUCUUACACCGUUCCUCCCUAUCACCCACAAUCAGGUCCACCCCUUUCGACAAACACUCAACUAGUGCCACCAGGGGAUCAAGCUCCUAUCGCUGUUCCUGGACAGCAAACUGACCAGCAGGCUCCACAACCCCAACUUCAGCCGGGUCCACAGGAACAACAUCCCAGCACCCCUGUGCCGAUCUCGAUGCCAAUGCAGAUGCCGGAUCCUGCACUGGGUAUGCACACCCCGGGGCAGAAUGGGUUCACUCAGGAAAAUUCGGCAGCAAAUGGUAACGGGCAAACUGCGCGCCCCGAGAGCAUGAAUUCCUCUGGGGGUCAGGCGACACAGGCUGAGAAUGGAGGUUUGUCCGAAAGUGGACUUUUCAGUUAAUACAUGUUAUCCGAUUGUCUGAAUUCGAGGCACCCCGGAGAGGGAUUAAAGUACAAAUCACUGGUGUUGUCUUCAAGCACGGUUGACUCGUGAUCACAAUCCUUUUGUUUGCUUGAUUUUAUUAUGGCUUUCUGCUUACCGGGCCCAUCUAUUAUCACUCCUUCCGCGGGGCUACCGUUCACGGUUGUCGGUGAAUGCAUGAUCUCUUUUUGAGUUCUUUGGUUGUCCAUUCCUCAUUCUUAUUCCGACCGUUUGGGUAAUUUGGUGCAGGCGACCAUAGUUUCGUUCUUCAAAUGUGAAUUUCUCCCUCUCACUCCUUAUCUAUAAUCUUAUG